AAGCCGCAUCGUCCGGGCGAGCGUGCGGCUCAUGGCGAUGUGAUGGCAUGGAGGUUAGCUCCUGGUGUGUCCCUGGUGUAUAAGUAGCCCCUGUGCUCCUCUGGUGUAAGUUGCUAGUGCCGAGUUAAUCUUCAGUGAGUAAUAAAGCCAAGAUACAGAAGCAAUUGGCUCCGCGGCGUUCGUGCUACUGUUCAUCUUCUUCCUCGCAUGUGUGGUGAGGGAGUGACUCCUGGGCAAAGCUAACAUUCUGAGAGUCUCAGCCAGUUAGAUGGCGAUUUAAGUUGAGUUGAAGCAAACACAAUUCGAAUUGCACUCCUAGAUAAAAGUUUGUGGAAACUGAGUUCUCUGUACAUCUUGCAAGAACCUGCAAGGCUUAUUGCAGUUGUUAGCCAAUGUUCAGGGAGAGCAAGUCUGUAAAGAGCAACGAGGAGAUGCUGCAAAGUCAUUCAAGCCGGAGAGCUGCUGAUCGAGAAAACCUCAGACAAAGCUUUUCCGAAACGCAUCGACAGCCAUGUUGAAGCAGACCAAGAUAACCACAAGGAGGAGGAAGAGAGAGAGAGAGCACUAAAAAUGGUUAAUUAGUGCAUUCGCCGACGAAGACCUAGGUCAUAAGUUCAAUUCCUAGCCCCUCAAUCGCAUUGGGUGACGGCUAUUUGCCAAUAGACAAUAGACAAUACAUGGUGCAAACACAUAAAUCUUAUUUGGUGAGCUACAUACUAUGAGAAAUGGUUGAUAAGUAGCCAACCUAUUAGAAUCUGUAAUAGCCAGGUUUUCUAGAUUUUAGCUAUUAGUUUAUUUUUGACUCUGUAGCUACCGAUCCUCAUACUUUGGCGAGAAUCUAAAUUGUUUGGGGGAAUUCGAGAUUCUAGAGGAGGCUACGGCCGCUAGAAGCUCCAUACAGAGACCAAUCCUAAAUUACUUUUGCUAUUGAUCAAAUGUUUGAUUUUUUGUUUUUCUGUCAACCACAUGUGCCAUGCAUGGAGGCUAGGGAGGAGGGCAUGUAUAAGAUUUUUGACUUGCGUGCAUGCCUUCAGAUUAUCAUCCAAUAACAAUAACCGGAUUUGAUCGAUGGAAUUAAAAAUUUUAAACAUUUGAUCACUAGACGGAUCCAUACUAAAUAUAUAUCCUAGUUGGCCCACCCACAUAAUCAAACAACCAAUCAAAGUGACGAAUGGAAAUAAGUUUAACAAUUUUCUAGUGAGCAAGCUAGGCAAUUUGUUAGUUUGUUCAUUGGGCCAUGUCUCCAAGCCCUAUAUAUGUGCUCAAGGGCCAAGGCCAUGGCGGAGCUUAGUGCACACCAAGCCGCCAUUGCAGCCAGCAAGAAGACAAGGGCCAAGAACCUGUCCGUCCAAUACGUACGGCAAUGGCCGCCGCCGUCGUCCUCCUCCUCGCGCUCGCCGUCGCGCUGCUGCUGGCCAGGGCCGCCUGGGUCACCGCCUCCUGCUACUACCUCACGCCGGCGAGGAUCCGGAGGAUCCUGGCGGGCCAGGGCGUGCGCGGGCCGCCGCCGCGGCUCCUCGUCGGGAACCUCCGCGACGUCUCGGCGCUCGUCGCCCGGUCCACCGCCGGUGACAUGGGGUCGCUCAGCCACGACAUCGUUGGCCGCCUCCUCCCGCACUACGUGCUCUGGUCCAAGACGUACGGGCGGCGGUUCGUGUACUGGUACGGCAGCGAGCCGCGGCUGUGCCUGACGGACGCCGGCAUGGUGCGCGAGCUGCUGUCGUCGCGGCACGCGCACGUCACCGGCAAAUCGUGGCUGCAGCGCCAGGGCGCCAAGCACUUCAUCGGCCGCGGCCUCCUCAUGGCCAACGGCGCCACCUGGUCGCACCAGCGCCACGUCGUCGCGCCGGCCUUCAUGGCCGACAGGCUCAAGGGGAGGGUGGGGCACAUGGUGGAGUGCACGCGGCAGACGGUGCGGGCGCUCCGGGAGGCGGUGGCGAGGUCCGGCAACGAGGUGGAGAUCGGCGCGCACAUGACGAGGCUCGCCGGCGACGUGAUCGCGCGCACCGAGUUCGACACCAGCUACGACACCGGCAAGCGCAUCUUCCGCCUCAUCGAGGAGCUGCAGCGCCUCACCGCCCGCUCCAGCCGCCACCUCUGGGUCCCCGGCAGCCAGUAUUUUCCGAGCAAGUAUAGGCGGGAGAUAAAGCGGCUGAACGGCGAGCUGGAGCAGCUGCUGAAGGAGUCCAUCGACCGGAGCCGGGAGAUCGCCGACGAGGGCCGGACGCCGUCGACGUCGCCGUGCGGCGGCCGGGGACUGCUCGGCAUGCUGCUGGCCGAGAUGGAGAGGAAGAAGGAGGCCGAGAGGCGGGCCGGCGGCGGCAAUGGCGCCGGGGGGCUCGGGUACGACGCCCAGAUGAUGAUCGACGAGUGCAAGACCUUCUUCUUCGCGGGGCACGAGACGUCGGCGCUGCUGCUCACCUGGGCGAUCAUGCUGCUCGCCACGCACCCGGCGUGGCAGGAGAAGGCCCGCUCCGAGGUCGCCGCCGUCUGCGGCGGCGCCGCGCCGUCGUCCGAGCACCUCCCCAGGCUCACCGUGCUGCAGAUGGUGAUCAACGAGACGCUGCGGCUGUACCCGCCGGCGACGCUGCUGCCGCGGAUGGCGUUCGAGGACAUCGAGCUCGGCGGCGGCGAGCUCCGGGUGCCGAGGGGCGCGUCGGUGUGGAUCCCCGUGCUGGCCAUCCACCACGACGAGGCCGCGUGGGGCGCCGACGCGCACGAGUUCAGGCCGGACAGGUUCGCCCCGGGCCGCCCGCGGCCGCCGGCGGGGACGUUCCUGCCGUUCGCCGCCGGGCCGCGCAACUGCGUCGGCCAGGCGUACGCCAUGGUCGAGGCCAAGGUCGCGCUCGCCAUGCUCCUGUCCAGCUUCCGCUUCGCCAUCUCCGACGAGUACCGCCACGCGCCGGUGAACGUGCUCACGCUCCGGCCGCGCCACGGCGUGCCCGUGCGCCUCCUGCCGCUGCGGCCAUAGCCUACGUGUGCAUGCAUGCCGUUCAAUUACAAUGUACUACUGCACUAGUUUUUUUUUACAAUUUUGGAUUAUUUUUGUCUCUUUUUUGUUUUGAAUUUUUUUGACUCGGGAGAAAAUUUUGUAGUUGUAUUCAGGUUAUCCAAUGCAUUUGGAGGAGUCAAUUUUGUCGGCAAUGUUUUUGUAACGAGUAAAUAAUCUUGUAUGCUCAUUGGGCGUGUACAAUGUGUUGAGCAGGGAUAUGUAACAAAUGGAUGGCAGAUUUGACAUCGAUCAUCAUAUAUAUAUAUGAAACAUACAUUUCGUUCUUAGGUUCAAAA